UAAGUAUUUCAAAAUUGCUGUAUCUCUCGACUUCAUUGUCCGUUUAACAUGGCGCUUUGUAGGGACAUGUGCAGACGAUAACGCUCGUACAUCACCUUGUUAGUUACUAUUUCUAGUGUUUAGACGUUUAUUUUCUUGUUUUUCGAGUUGUGGAUUGUGUGUAACGUUGUUUGGUUGUUACAUAACGGGUUUGGGGUCUUGAAUGUAGCGUUACGACACAGCUACUGCAAUGGUGAAAACCCGUCGCAGUAAUGGAGAGAACGGAGAGGUUGACGAAGGGAAUUACACUAUAAACGACGUUGGCAGCGUCUCCGAUGAGAAGGCAUCUAAUUGGUCUCAACGGGAGUUAAGAAGUAGCCAACAAUAUAAGGUCACUCGAAAGAUACAACAUUGGCCUACUAAAUAUAGCCGACGCCGCCGCACUAUCAAAAUGCCUCGCAUAGUAUUUCCAGAAAGUGAUACAGAGCCUGAAAAAUAUUCUAGAAGGUCUCGCCAAGUGCGAGUGUUUUUUGCGGAGGACAACGCGUCUACGAACAGAAGCGUGCGGAUCAGGCACAGCCGCGGCCCACGGAAGAAUUACGUGGAGGACAGUGAAGACAAGCCAAUACAAGAAAAUGUUCGUAGAAGUUGCCGCAAACGCAAACUCAUCCACCACAACUUCAACGAGAGCUGGAUCACCAACGAGCUGAAGGUGAAAGGUUAUCCCGACCUGUACGGCUUCCCUGGGACCAGCUCCUCAGAUGAGUUCUCCUCCGGCGACGAGGCGAGGGUUAAUAAGAAAAUUACACGCGAUCUGCCCCCAACCAACACAGAUGAAGACACACAGCUCUCUGCGCGCCAGAGGCGGACUUCGGCCAGAUUUAAUAACAGCAAGAAAACUAAUGAUGCGUCCGGAUCAGAUUCCGAAGAUGAGAACAAUCAGACGGUGAUUGAGAAAAAGACGACAAAUGAAAGUAAGAAAGAGAAAGAAACAGACGAGGGGGCGGAGCCUAAAGAGGAAGUCAAGAAUGAGACGCAAGAGGCGAACCAAGAGCAAGACAGCGAGAGCAAUCAAGCUCCAGCAAGAUCUACUAGAAGAAAUAGAGGACGCCCAAAGAAGGAAGAUAGUCAACAAGAAACAGCGUCUGAAUCGUCAUCGUCGGAGUCAGGUAGCGAGCUGGGUUUGCAGCCGCGCCGCUCCAAGCGCACGCGUAAGCCUAAGCCCGCCUUUGUGCAGAUUGCGCAGCGAGAGACGCGCGGCAGAGCCAAAACAUUCACAAUCAGAAAGAAACCGUACUCUUUGCGUGAAAGGAAACCUACAAUUUUACGCCGUAAGACUAUCCGAUCGCAAUCACCAUCUAGUAGCAGUAGUAGUAUGUCAAGUAGUGACACGGAAGAGGACCUAAAUGUUUCCAUGAAAAACAAAACUAAGGGCAGACAAAAGUCAAAGUCAAUGGAUGACAAGAAAACAGAUAGAGCUUUGAGAGAUAUACAACCUGUUGAGGUCGACGGCAGCGUGAGAUUUACGUCAGUCGGUGGUUUAGAAGAGCACAUAAAGUGCCUCCGUGAGAUGGUGCUAUUCCCUCUCAUGUAUCCGGAUCUGUUCCAAAAGUUUGGCACCCGCCCCGCCAAGGGGGUGCUAUUCCACGGACCCCCGGGCACGGGAAAGACCUUACUAGCCCGGGCCUUGGCUAAUGAGUGCACUUUGGUUGGGGGCAGGAAAGUCGCCUUCUUCAUGAGGAAGGGGGCGGAUUGCUUGAAGAAAUGGGUGGGUGAGAGCGAAAGGCAUCUCAAGCUGCUGUUUCAACAGGCAAACAAAAUGAAGCCGUCCAUAAUAUUCUUCGACGAGAUCGAUGCGUUGGCGCCGGUGCGUAGCGUGCGGCAGGAGCAAGUUCACACUAGUGUUGUUGGCACACUCCUCGCUGAGAUGGACGGCCUUUGUGAUAGGGGCGAAGUGGUAAUCAUAGGCGCAACCAAUCGCCUAGACGCUGUCGAUCCAGCAUUGCGCCGCGCGGGUCGCUUCGACCGGGAACUAUACUUCCCGCCUCCACACGCGGCCGCUAGAAGGGACAUCCUGCACAUAUACACCAAGCACUGGACCCCACGCCCAGGGGAGGAGGCUUUGGACCAGAUAGCUCAGCUCACAGUCGGCUAUGGAGGUUCAGACCUAAAAGCUUUAUGCUCAGAAUCAGUAUUAAAGGCGUUGAGAAGAGUCUACCCACAAGUGUACGACAGCGAACACGCCUUACUUAUCGAUGCUAAGAAUGUGGAAGUGACAACCCAAGACAUGUUAGAGGCGAUGCGUUCACUAGUGGCGGCUGGAGCCCGCGCCUGCCCGCCCCCCGCGCGCCGCCUGCCGCCGCCCGCGCGCCCGCUGCUCCUCGCCCAGCUGCAGGCCGCCCGCCAGCUGCUGCCGCCGUCGGACAUCCCGCCAACGUCAUCCAGCGUGCUUCUGAUCAGCGGUCCCUGUGCUGAGACCUAUAUAGCGCCGGCGCUGCUAAGCGAUAUGGAAGACUGUACUGUCAAAGAGCUUAGCAUGUCAACACUACACUCGGCGCUCGCCUUCACGCCCGAGCAGGCGCUUAUAUCGCUAUUUUCGGAAUGUCGACGAGCGGACAGAGGAUGCGUGCUAUUCGUCCGCGACGUGCUAUCAGUGUGGACAUCACUAGCGGCCACCGGGACAGCGCUACUGUUACAACUAUGGCGGACGCGCGCUGCGGGAGAUAAUACAUUACUAUUGGCCACCACAACUGCGCAACACUCUGACUUGCCGGCAGAGCUUCAAGACCUGUUCCCUCUGUACAAGGACUGCGUAUACAGAAUGCGGGAACCAAAUGCGGCAGAAGUGAUCGCGUUCCUAAAGCCGUUGAUUGCCGAAGCUCUGUUAGACCCGCCUCCUAUCGAAAACACGGAGCCGCCGCCACCGCUGCCUAGAGCACCACCCCCUCCACCGCCGCGGGAGAGCCAAGAAGACAUGGCCCGGCGCAAGCGCAAGGAAGACUACAAACUGCGGGAACUGCGCAUCUUCUUACGGGACAUCUGCCGCAAACUGGCUUCUAACCGUCGAUUCUAUAAGUUCACCAAGCCUGUCGACUUGGAAGAGGUAACUGACUACUUAGACAUAGUGAAGCAGCCAAUGGACUUAGAGACGAUGAUGACUAAAGUGGACAUGCACAAAUACAACUGCGCCAAGGAGUUCCUAGACGACAUCGACCUAAUUUGCGCGAACGCGUUAGAGUAUAACCCGGACAGGACAUCAUCAGACAAGCAGAUCCGGCACGAGGCAUGUUCGCUAAGGGACCAUGCGCACGCACUCAUUGAUGUUGAGAUGGAUAGCGACUUCGAGGUGGAGUGCCAGGAGAUAGCCAAGAAGCGGCGCGAGGAGGGAGACAUGGCCGACGCAGACUUGCCUGACUUUAUCUACACUGCCUCCAACCUGCAAUGCUUCGCAGACUCCACUGGAAACGACAGCAAGUCGAUGCGGACGCCGCACAAUGGCGAGAAAAGCGCGGAAUCGUCGGCCAAGCGCAAGCGCCGCCGCAUGAACGCCUGGUCCAAGGGGCUCGUCGUCAAGCGGCAGAAGACUGCGCAGAAGUCAUUCAAAGACUCGAGCAUGGCGAUCACCGACGAGGAGUCAAAAGAGAACAAGCCGAUCACGUCGACGCCGCUGCCCAACGGCGAGGUGACGUCAUCAUCAGCGUCAGAUGACGACGCGCCACUGCGUCGGCCGCAAGAUAGCGACUCUAUGCUCAACAUUACCGUGCAGAGUGCGGUUCAUAAUCAUGUCAUAGAGAGUCCUACAAAAUCGACGGAGAAGACGAAGACAUCACCAAAGAAAAGGAAUUCAGGGCAUGAUACGUCCGCCGGAGAGGCCGAGAAAGUACUGAUAAACAAGACUGAGCUAGAUAACGUCGUGUAUAAGAACGCAAAGGCUCUGCGCUCGAUAGGAUUGGAAGCGUUGCUUGAUUUGCACGCGCAGCUUAGUGGGAUCAUACGCUCAUACGCGCGCGCGACCGACCGCACGCGUCUGCCGCACGAACUCACCGCCGUCGUCACGAGGUACUUGCAGCAUACAAAGAAAUGAGACGAAACAAAACACCGGUACGGUCUCAGAAUAACGCGUCGAAAGAAUCCAAAAUAUAUUCAGUAGCUACCGUAUGGUAGGAACACGCGUUAGUUAUAAUAGCAACUGAUACUAUCAAGUUUGUGAGCUGACAUUUGCUAGCGCUAUUGAACUCCGUUCCCCCGCCAUUUUUAAGUUGCUACGCGUCUACUAUAGUGUUGGUGAGAGCUACAUAUAUUUUUGGUAGGUGGCUCGAAGUUACCUAGGUAUUAGGGUUACGUAAACCAUAGGGUAUAUGAAAUUUUGCGAGAGUUGUCUUGAGGUAUGUUAGGAAAUUGUUAACGUCCUUGUUGAUUGGUUUAGUGUUGGAAUAUCACAUUCCAUAUCUUCGAACUAAUAAUGAUCGAAACACUGCCGUCUCGGCUAUAAAAUUAUUUAUAAAUUAUCUUAAGAUCGAGCGACCAUUCCUAAUUAGCCAAAUUGUGAGUGAGAUUACCAGAUAUAGGUUAGUUUACCGGUUGUAAAAUUGCCCAAAGGACUGUGAUAUGUAGAAGAAGAGUAUAGACGUGUACAUAAAACAUUGCUUCAAUUAUUUAUUGCGUUGCGUCGCUAGCUGAGUGUUUGUCUGUGCCAUGCGUGACGUCAGUGUUGACAUUUGGAUGCGAAUGACUCAAAAACUGUCCAGUUAGGAAAAUAUCUAAUCUAUAAUUUCAGUAUUUACUAUUUAUUCUUAAUCAUUAGUGACUAAAUACACAUUGCGCCUGCACAUGUUUGUCUAUAGUCCGGUCUCAUUGCUGCCGCCCGUCGCACAGUCGCGAUAGCAAUAUAAUUACACGCGAGGGAUAAGGAUAGGUAGCUUGGGGUCAUUGGACGAAAUUCAACGUGCUCGGCGACCAGACUUUAGAUAUUCUAAUUGGCAUUUAAUGUAACACAAAUAGCUAUAUCGCUCCAGCCCACAUUAGAAUUUUGACCUUCUCUUUAAUCAUUUAAGACGCAAGCGAGCUGUAACGCGAAUUAUGAUAAUAUAAUCGAAAUGAAAUGACUUUCUGAUCAGAUAUUUUAUAUUCUUGCCAGCUUAUGUCACUGCACAAACUAGUAUAAAAUUAUAGAACUUGGACUCUGAUAAUUUAGUCACAGAGGAGUCAAAAUAAAUGAAAAUUCAAAGCAUCCAAAUGUUAAUACGGACUUAAUCUUGCAUGGCGUUUUAAAAUUGUGUAUUCAAAACUAUUUAAAUUAAAAUAUACAUACGAUAUUAUAUCAGUGCGGAGUGUCCAAUUUGGCUUUUUAGGCGUGCUACAAAAUUAACGCACUGAUUAUGUUUUAAAGAAUUUAUUAAUUACCAAAUAAGCUGAUUAACCAUCAUGUUUAUCGUAGGAUAAGGUUGUACUAACAAAUUAAUUUUAAUAUAUUAAUUAUGAUUAUGAUUGUUGUGUGGGAUGGCGAGUUAAGAUUUCACUGCCAACACAGUGGUGUCGAUUGAAUAGGUAUUGUGUACAAAAUAUUAAUACUCUUUUCGUAACCUGACUUAAACUUUACGGUUAAACGUUUUAUCGGUACUUAAGAUAAUUUGCACUAACACAGAUUAUAAAUUAAUCUAAAUUGCUACACAAUAUUUAUGCAGAGGCGGACAUCACUUCGUCAGGUUCAAUUGAUGUGACUGUUAUAGUAAUACGAUGUUUAGGAUAUUCUGCAACUACAGUUUUCUGGCGUUUGAUCUGAAGUCUGUUUAGCCAUAAUUCAUGAGCCCAUCUGACAAUUAAAACACUUAUUUAAUAUUUAUACACUGUUCAUUAACAAUUUAACUUCACACAAAUCGCCUAGUCAAAAUCACGAGUUCAGAUCAAAAGUUGUCAACUGUAGUUUACAUUAAGGUUUAAACUUAUAUCCGCAACUAUUCGUACCCCCUCGUUCCGAAAUAUGUGUAAUAGUUUACGACGAAAAGGGAUGAUUGCGAUUACGGCUGCUACAUUGAAUGAUCAAGUAUCAAGGUGUCAUCCAAUUUAGGCUUAUUGCACGUGAUUUCCGAUAAUAAGUGUGAUGUGCCCUUAACAGUAUUGUUAAUCGAAUUUUUAUAUUAGAUAAGGACCCCUACCACAUUAAUGCCGUACUAUUCUACUUAAUUCUUGUACAUUAUAAUAUGCGUGGGAUUUCGUGCAACUAUUCGGCGCUAGAUGGCGCUAAUUCUACAAUAUUAUAAUGUACUUAAUGGUUCCAGAAUUAACAAAAUAAUAAGUAAGAUUUACCUGAAAUUUUUAACGAAAUACAUUUUACAGUAUAAAGUAUCGGUUACAUUGUCUAUGGAUUUAAUCGCAUGAUGGUGUUGUUUAAUCUGUAUGUACUUAAAUGAUCAAAGUGUGAAUCGAUCAACUUGUAUCCCUUGCAUACUUCGCAAUCGUGUACCUACUCUAUCUUUUGUAUAAACGUUUAUAGAACUACGGGCGAGUAUUGUGCAACAAAUAGGUCUAAACUAAAAUUAUACUAUCUGUAUAUUUAUUUAAAUGAUUUUAUAAAAUUGAAAAGAAAAAACCAAUCGAUUAGAGAUUUCAGAAAUUUAAACUUUGUUAAAGUAAUUUAUUUAUUUGGAAGAAUUGUAUUAACGUAAUCAUGAAGCUUUAUUUGAUCAAUUUAAUCAAAUUAAUAUCGAAGUUCGCUACGAGAUAAAAUGUUCAAUCGAGUAAUCUUUCAUUUGUUUAGCUCAGUCUAAAGUGCUUGAUAUUUUAUUGUUGAGAAAUCUAGUGAGUACAUCUUCUUGCUACUGUCAUAGUAACUCUUGCAUCAAAGUUGCCCAAUACGUGCCCGAAUAAUAUGUAUGUAUACCCACCUAAACCGCGUCUUGGAUGUAUCUCGGCUUGAUCAUAGCAUUAUAGUUCUAAAGCACUAUCAAUUUAAAGUUUAAUUUAGUGUGAACUGAUUCCAGGGGGUGUGGCUUGUCUUGUAUGGAACAUGCUAAAGUAAACCUUAUUGUAGUGUGCUUAGGUCUAUAAGAGCAAAGGUUGAAGCGAGAUCGGAUCUAGAUAAGAGCUAGGUGAAAUAUACUCUAAAAUUACAAAACUGUGUGAUAUAAAGGAAUAAACGCAACAUUUACAAAGCGUAAGUUACCUCGUUCCGUGAAGGAAUUAAAUCCUAUGCCAUAGUAAGUGAAAUAAUUAUGUCCUGACGUCUCGACCACUUGUUAAACUACAACUGUUACUAAUGCUUGCAUUUGCUCAAUCGGAGUGUUUUAAGUGUACGCACUCAGUAUCCACCGUCUAGUGUAUAGUUUUGUAUUUAUAAUGUUGUAUUUAAAUUAAAACAAAUAAAAGGGUACGAUUUCAUGUGAUAUGA